AUGCUCACAUCAACCUUCCUCCUCAGCCUUAUCGGCCUUGCAGCGGCCUCACCGGUCCAGCCUCACAUCGUCAAGGACCCUAAAUACCCAUCACGCUCGACAUCAAAGGGCUUCAAGCUUGUCGUCAACGUCACAGAUCCCUCGCUAGACUUUGAUCCUCCCAUCCAAAACUUCGAGCUCACCGGCAUCCACACCGGAGCCGGCCUCGCCCUUCUCGGUAUCAGCGAGAAGGACGGCCGCAUCUUCUACCAGAACGGCACAAAGGAGGAGCGUCAAAACGGCGAGGCUACCGUCAUCAGCGACGGUGGUACUCCUCUGACUCCCAACGGUAUUGGUCUCGUCGCCGAUAAGAAGAACAAGAAUCUUUUCGGUGCUACGCUCAACUUCGAGCCUGGUACCGCUGGUGUCCAAUUGAACCAGCCUGAGGACCCCUACACCUACUUGUUGCCCGAGACCUUUGUUGCUUGUAACAAGAGCAUAGAGUACUACCGUGGCAAAAAGUUCGUGGUCAUUGAGCAAGCACGCAUCACCAUCGACAAGAACGACAAGAUUCAGCGCAACAUUCCCAAGGGCUGUGCACCCAUUCGCCUUGUGCCCCAGUGCGACGAGCUGGAGUCUCUCCCCAAGGGAUCGUACUCGAGCCACAAGUACGCCCUCGACUCCAAGUGCUACCAGGACGUCUCCAAGAUUGAGUGGAAGAAGUACAGCCCCUAG